AUGGCGUUACUAUUCAACCCAUUCUUUGGCUUUACAUCAGCCAACUACAGCACCGAUGGCUUCUCCAAUCCUGUCAUUGGCCCAUCAUCCGGCGGUGGCUCGACUUGCAUUUCUGGCCAUGUCGCGGUGUCUGUGAAUACAACCGGCACCAAACUUCUUUACGAGGCACCUGAAGAUCAAAGGGCUGUAACGGAGUCAUUUGUCGAGUUGUUCCAGGCGGACGCUGCCUGGAUCUCCAAAGUCAUCGCUGGUGGGCCCAGUGUUAUAUCCGGCCGUUACAAUAUUUUCGUCAAGCUCUGCCUAUCCACAGACCCUGACAAGUUGGCCCAGGUCAAGACAGUCCAACUGUUGACACACGGAGCCACUCUCGACCACACUUACUGGGACAUUGCCCCAGGCUACAGCUACGUCGACGAGGCUUCUGCAGCAGGAUACGCUACGCUCUCCUACGACCAGUUGGGCGUGGGGAAGUCCGAUCACCCGGAUCCCAUCCAGGUUGUGCAGGCAACUGCUCAGGUCGCUGUCACGCAUGAGCUGGUUGGUCUGCUCCGGCAGGCCAAACUUGGCGGUUACAGUUUCGACAACGUCGUAGGUGUUGGGCACAGCGCGGGAAGUACGCUGACACAAGGCAUCACCACGCAAUAUCCGCAGGACUUCGACGCCGUAAUUUUGUCCGGCACCAGCGCCAGUGCUGCCUCAGUCGCACUAACCGUCGCAGCCUUCAACUUCAUUGAGGCAAACACAGACCCGGCACCGCAGUUCAAAAAAUUGCCCACAGGCUUCUUGACGCAGCAGUCGGCUACCGGAAUCCAGUUUGCCUUCUACCGGUACCCAAACUAUGACGAGGAUGUGUUCAGAAAACAAGUUGCCAACAAGCAGACGAAUACACUAGGAGUCCUGCUCACGCUGGGUGGCAUCGUUGCGCCGUCAACAGAGUUCACUGGGCCAGUCCAGAUUGUCAAUGGUCAACAUGAUCUCGUCUUCUGCGGCGGCAACUGUCUCUACCCAACGGAUCAAAACGUCGUGACUUUGUCAACGUUCUAUCCAGCUGCGUCGAAAGGGAGUCAAACGUAUAUCGCGGCGGGUGCUGGGCAUGCUAUUGCCGCCCACAAGAGCGGGCCGGAGAGUUUCCAGAAGAUGAUCCAAUUCUUAGAGACAAGCAGCCUGUAA